AAAAAUAACGUUUCGUCUCUCUCAAAACCGAGUAGCCUGAACAUCGAAACCCCCAAAAACCCUAAUCUCCGCCACCACUUUCAUUUUUGUUGCAACCUUCGAGAAUCCCCAAAAACCAAUGGCUAAGAAGAAAGCGUCGCGUAACAGUAACGACACCGCUAACGAUAACCGACAAACUCAUGACCAGAAGAAAGCACCCGAGACUGACAAGAAAGCCACGGCGCUCAGUCGCCAGUCUUCCAUGGAAGAACACGACUCUUCCGAGGAGAAAUUCCAGAACUUGAAGUCUCUCAACGAGAUGCUUCUCAAACAGGCUAUGGAGAAGAGAAACCAGAUCGAUUCGCUCCUUCAGGCUAAGGAUGAGUUGGAGACCCAGUUGGCUCGUUUUGUCUCGGAGAAAGCGGGUUUGCGUGGCGAGUUCGAUCAGGUGAGUGAUGAGAAUCUCGGGUUGAAGAUUGAAUUGGGUCUGGUUAUUGAUUUUGUUGAGAACCGGUUUAGAGAGAUGGGUGUUGGGGUAGAGAGGUUGAUGAGGGAGAAGAGUGAUGGAGAGAGCGAGAUUAGGGUUUUGAAAGGGCAAAGAAAUGAGCUUACGGGUAAGGUUGAGAUGGAAAAGGAGCAGUUGAGGAAGGUCUGUGCUGAGAAGGACUUAAUCAAGAAUGGGCUUGAUCUGCAGCGUGAGGAAGCGAAUCGGUUGAAGGAGUGUGUGGUUCUGUUGGAGGAGAAAGAAUCCGAUUUGGAGAUAGUGAUUGGGAAAUUGAAAUCUGAAAACGAUAUAUUGGUGAAGGAGAGGAAGAUGAGAGAGGAACUGAUUAAAGGGGUAAACAAGGAGAAGAUUGGUUUGGAGAAGACAAUCGAGGAGAGGAAGAAGGAGAUUGAUGGAUUGAAGAGAGAGAAAAAAGUGCUUUUGAGUGAAAAGAAUGGGAUGGAGAUUGUGAACAUUGAACAAAAGGGGGAAAUUAAGGAGUUGCAGAAAAAGCUAGACAAGCUGAACGAGACUGUGAAGAGUUUUGCAACUAAAGAGAGGAUUUUGCAGGAUCAGGUUACGGGGCUGGAGAAGAAUCUUGAUGAGUCUAUGGAGAAAGAGAAAAAGUUGAUUGUGGAAAUUGAUGCAUUAGGGAAGGAGGUGACAAUCAAGGAAUCUGAGCUUGAGAGCUCAAUCGAGGAGAAGAAUUUAGUAGAGAAACAGAUGAAGAUGGUCAAAGCGCAGUCAUCUGAUAAGGAGAAGUUGAUUGACAAGCUGUCCCGGGAGAAGAUUGAGCUUGAGGAGCGUAUUUCUAGUAGGGAGGCAAAGCUUGUUGAACUGAAUCAGAAGGCUGAUGAGCUUUCACGUACUGUUGCUGUGCUACAAAAGGAUUGUGAUGAUCAAACUAAAAUUAACGAGAAGCUUAGCUGCAAAGUUGGUCAGCUCAGUGAUGCCCUUGGGCAAGUUGACCUCAAGAGAAAAGAAGCUGAUAAGGCACUCAAUGAGAAGAAGAGACAUGGAGAGAAUCUUGAGGCAGAGAUUUUAAAAUCAGAGAAGAGGACUGAAACAACUUUAGAAGAGCUUAAGAAAACUAAGAUUGAGCGCGAGAGGUUGUUUGUAGCAAAGAAUGAUUUGGAGGGUCGAUCUGAAUCGUUGAAAAGCGAAAAGGCUAUACUUGAAAAGGAGCUUGUACUGCUCAAAAAAGCUAUGGAUGCUCUGAAAGCAGAACUAGAAUCCGCUGGAAUGGAUGCAAAACGCAGCUUGGUGAUGCUAAAGAGAACUGCAUCUAUGCUGUCUCAGUUAGAGAAACGAGAAGAUAGAUUGAUUAGCGAGCUACCUACACGAGAAAAUGGAACAGAAUCCUAUGCUGUGGAGCUAGAGUCAAUAGAGAAAGCGUUUAAAAACAAAGAGGACAUAAUCAACGAAAUGAAAAAGGAAGCUGAGAUGAUGAAGCAAUCAACAGAAGAGGCACAGAAGAAGCAGAACUUCUGGACUCUCGUAUCAUCUGUAACUACGGUUUUUGCUGCUGCAUCUUUUGCCUAUGCCGCUAAGACUCGUUAAACUGUCUCAGACUGGUUUUGCCACUUAACCACUAUCAUGACAUUUAUAUCAUUUUCGAGUUUUACGAGUAUCAUAUGAGCUAAUUACUCAGACCUUGCAAGUAAUGUUGUUCAGGUUCUCAGCGACUAGGAGGCCGACUACUUAGCAAAACUUGCUCUCUCUUUGUAUGCUGAAAACUUUUGUUAAUUAAUCUAUGAGUUUUUGUUUCAGUUCUCAGCAGCUAUAAUAUGGAAUAAAAUAUUUCUCCCGUA